GAGGGAGGUCACGUGACAUGGCUUCGGCGCUCUCCUUCUCCGACGAUUUUUGAUUUUAAAAAAUAAUUAAACAUCACGAUUAUUAUGGACGGGUCCCUGGGCUUUCUGGAAGAUGGUCGUCGGUCGGCUCUCGGCCGAUGCUCCAGGACCCGUAAGCUUUAUCGCGGCGGGAGAAUUCCUGAACUGAAUAUCGGCUGUUUUGUGGGCUGCAGCGUCACGUGACCAGCACGCGCUUCGGGCAAAGAUGGCGCCGGAUGGUUAGAAAACAAGCAGCGCGAGCAGCGGAGACAUUCAACACACCGCCGCGACAGUUGGGAUCCAUAGAAACAGAGUGGAACAAUGGAUCCUGGACAGGAUUUGCUUCUGGCUGCUCUAAGUGAAAGUGGAAUCUGCCCUAAUGAUCUCUUCGAUGUUGAUCCUCAGGACAUCAUUCCAGCCCCUGCUUCACAUCAGUCUGUCUCAAUAAAUGCCCUUGAUAUUGGUCUCAGUAAUGAAGCUUCUGCAAUUGUCAGAAUUGAACCUUCAGUUCCACCUACUCCUACAGUCCCAAUCAGGGAGAAGCCUCAGCCCUCAACUACCACCUUUGUCUUAAAUCAACUGAAUCAGUUGCCAUCACUGGGAACCAUUGUAGUCACCAAACCUUCAGCUGGAACCACCUCCAGGCAAACCAUCACAGUAACCAAGGUGGUACACACAAGCUCGGCAGCCCAGCGGAGUUCGUCCUCCUCCCCAACCAUUUGCACUGUGGUCCCACCAAACAGUGAGCAGAUAAGAUUAAAGGACCUUCUCAGAGCCAGCAGCCUGAAGACAAGCAGCCUUGGAGAGCUCAUGAAGUUGAAGCCCCCACCUGACAUAGCUCAGCCCGUUGCUACGGCCACAGCCACAAAAAUUAUUCUGGUCUCCACAAAGAUGAUGAACCGAUCAGCGGAAUUAAACAAUGGUUUGAAAAAAGAAGUGACCAGCAAAGAUGUAGCGAGAAUAUGGGUCAACGAUGACAUGAAAAUGCGAAGCUUUUCACCUGUGACUAAAUUACCAGGAAUGAAGGAGGAAGAUGAACCAGAGGAAGAGGAAGAAGAGGAGCUGGGUCAUGCAGAGACAUACGCCGAAUACAUGCCAAUGAAACUAAGGAUUGGACUGCGGCACCCUGAUCCUGUAGUGGAGACCAGCUCUCUCUCUAGUGUCAACCCUCCAGAUGUGUGGUACAGACUUACCAUUGCAGAGGAGACCAUUGACAGAGGCUGGUUAUCUGCCCUUCAGCUUGAAGCCAUCACGUACGCUGCCCAGCAACAUGAGACAUUCCUACCAAACAGAGACCGAGCAGCCUACUUGAUUGGAGACGGAGCCGGUGUUGGAAAGGGUAGAACCAUUGCUGGCAUCAUAUAUGAAAACUAUCUGCUUGGCAGGAAAAGAUCACUUUGGUUUAGUGUCUCAAAUGACUUGAAAUAUGAUGCAGAGAGAGACUUGAGAGACAUCGGUGCAAAGAACAUUCAGGUCCAUUCUUUAAACAAGUUCAAAUAUGGAAAGAUCUCAUCGAAACACAACGGGAGUGUGAAAAAAGGUGUGAUCUUUGCCACGUACUCAUCUCUGAUUGGAGAGAGCCAGUCUGGGGGAAAGUACAAGACAAGAUUUAAGCAGCUACUACACUGGUGUGGAGAGGACUUUGAUGGUGUUAUCGUCUUUGAUGAAUGUCACAAAGCCAAAAAUGUUUGUCCUAUUGGGUCGUCUAAGCCUACAAAGACCGGGCUGGCAGUUUUAGAGCUACAGAACAAGCUGCCAAAAGCUCGGGUGGUGUAUGCAAGUGCUACAGGAGCAUCAGAACCCCGCAACAUGGCCUACAUGAAUCGCCUUGGGAUAUGGGGGGAAGGAACUCCAUUUAAGGAAUUUACUAAUUUUAUCCAGGCUGUGGAGAGAAGAGGUGUUGGUGCCAUGGAGAUUGUUGCCAUGGAUAUGAAGCUGAGAGGAAUGUACAUUGCUCGACAGCUGAGCUUCACAGGCGUGACGUUUAAAAUCGAAGAAGUUCCUUUGACACAGAACUACAUUAAGAUGUACAACAAAUCUGUCCGCUUGUGGGUCAGUGCGAGAGAGAAGUUCCAGCAAGCCGCCAACUUGAUGGAUGCAGAACAACGGAUGAAAAAGUCAAUGUGGGGGCAGUUCUGGUCCGCUCACCAGAGGUUCUUCAAGUACCUUUGUAUUGCCUCCAAAGUUCGGCGAGUAGUGCAGCUGGCCCGAGAGGAGGUUAAAAACGGAAAGUGUGUUGUGAUUGGUCUUCAGUCAACUGGAGAGGCUCGAACCCUUGAGGCCUUAGAAGAGGGUGGAGGCGAGCUCAAUGACUUUGUUUCCACUGCAAAGGGUGUGCUGCAGUCCCUGGUGGAGAAGCAUUUCCCUGCUCCAGACAGACAGAAGCUCUUCAGUUUGUUGGGCAUUGACCUGAGUACCAAGAAAACCCCUUCACCUUCUGAAACCACCACCGAGCAGAAAGGCAAAAAACGGAAAGGGCCAGAGACAAAGAAGAAAGUAAAGAAAGCCCGUAUAUCCGGAGGUCUAUCUGAUACCAGCUCUAAUGAGAGUAACUCUGAUGAUUCAGACAAAGAUGCAGAGAGUGAUGACAGCUUCAAAUCUAUAAGCUCAGGGGAGGAGGAUGAAGAUGACUUCAACCCCUUUAAGGAUGAUUCCAGUGAGGAUGACGAAGAUGAUCCAUGGCUCAUCAGAAAAGACACCAAAAAGAGCAAAGAGAAGAGAAACAAGAAGAAGAAAAAGAGUAUUGAUCCAGACUCUAUUCAGAGUGCCUUGUUAGCCUCUGGGCUUGGAACAACCAGGCCCACUUUUACAAGCCCCGCCAUCAAACCUUCAAACAACACAAUUGCUGUUGCCAAAAGUGAGCCAGAGGAGAGCAGCUGUGUGACCAGUCAGGAUGCUGUGGAGGACGCCCAGAGGAUGAAGAGAGAUCUGCUUGAACGACUGGAGCAGCUGGCAGAACAUCUACCACCCAACACACUUGACGAACUCAUCGAUGAACUUGGAGGACCUGAUAAUGUUGCUGAGAUGACUGGCCGCAAAGGGAGGGUAGUCAGCAACGACGAUGGUAGCAUUUCCUAUGAAUCUCGAUCAGAGCUUGAUGUUCCGGUUGAAAUUCUGAAUCUCACAGAGAAGCAGAGGUUCAUGGAUGGAGAAAAGAACAUCGCAAUCAUUUCUGAGGCUGCCAGUUCUGGUAUUUCCCUCCAAGCCGACCGCAGAGUGAAGAACCAGAGGAGGAGGGUACACAUGACAUUAGAGCUGCCGUGGAGUGCCGACAGAGCUAUUCAGCAGUUUGGUAGAACACACAGAUCAAACCAGGUGACCGCACCAGAGUAUGUGUUUCUCAUCUCUGAACUGGCUGGAGAACAAAGAUUUGCCUCUAUCGUUGCCAAAAGACUGGAGAGCUUGGGUGCUCUUACUCACGGAGACAGAAGAGCCACAGAAACAAGAGAUCUCAGCCGAUUUAACUUUGACAACAAAUACGGCAGAAACGCUCUUGAAAUAGUCAUGAAGUCUAUUGUCAAUUUGGACUCUCCACUAGUGUCUCCACCUGCUGACUUUGAUGGGGAUUUCUUUAAAGAAAUUCGAAAUGGUUUGAUCGGUGUGGGACUGAUAAAUGUGGAAGAUAGAUCAGGAGUCCUUUCAUUGGACAAAGAUUACAACAACAUUGGGAAGUUCUUGAACCGGAUUCUUGGUAUGGAGGUCCAGCAGCAGAAUGCUCUCUUUCAGUAUUUCUCAGACACAUUGAAUGCUGUCAUUCAAAAUGCCAAAAAGAGUGGCCGAUAUGACAUGGGAAUCUUGGAUUUGGGUUCUGGAGAUGAAAAAGUUAAGAAAGUUGAUGUCAAAAAAUUCUUGACACCGGGAUAUUCCACCUCAGGACAUGUAGAGCUCUAUACAGUAAGUGUGGAGCGGGGAAUGUCAUGGGAGGAUGCCACCCAUGUUUGGGCUGACCAGAACGGACCAGAUGACGGCUUUUACAUCCAGGUGCGGAAUAACAAGAAAAUUGCCAUCCUGGUGAAGGAGGUCAACACCAGAAAGAGACUCUUCAUGGUGUACAGACCAAAUACAGGAAAACAAGUGAAACUGGAGAAUUAUGCAGACAUCAAGAAGAGGUGUAAAAAGGUACUCUCCGAUGAUGCUAAGGUACACUGGAUUGAUCAGUACAACUUCUCAGCUGAUGUCUGCUCUCAUGCGUAUUGGCGAGGGAACUGUAAGAAAGCCUCAGUGGGGCUACAGUGUGAGAUUGGGCUGCGCUGCAGGACAUACUAUGUCCUCUGUGGCUCAGUCCUCAGUGUUUGGACCAAAGUGGAGGGUGUCCUGGCCUCAGUCAGUGGAACCAACGUGAAGAUGCAGAUCGUACGUUUGAGAACGGAGGACGGGCAAAGAAUAGUGGGUCUGAUCAUUCCAGCCAACUGCGUAUCUCCGCUAGUCAACAUUCUGUCAUCAUCAGAUCAGUCUCAGCAGCUGGCUGUGCAGCAGCAGCAAAUGUGGCAACAACUCCAUCCACAGAGCAUCAGCCACAAUGUCAACACAUAGCGUGACCACCUAACCCUUUACUGUAGGGGAAGAUGUGGUGCCGUUAGCCAGCCAGCUUCCUCUUCCUCCGCUGGUACGCCAUGAGGAAGAGAGCACUCGUGUCGUAUUUAAUAUUUCAGGGUUAGUCUCCAAAGAGGACUCUUUUCCAAAGGAGAUUGCUGGACUAAUGAAUCAAAGCUCUGCACAUCAGAAUGCACUGAGAGGGGAAUAGUGCAUCACGGAAAAGAUUUGGUCUGUGCGAAAACCAUCGCCUGUGCUUUCCAUUGAGAAUAUAUUUUGCUGGGCUGUUGAGUCACCUACACUAGCAUUUAAACAGGACAGUGCUCAGGGGUUACUCUUAAUCAAGCUUUUUUUCAGUCUUCAGUCCUCCUUUUAAAACAUUUCAAGGAAUUGAUGCACGUCCAAACCAUCCAUCUUCCUUUAGCGCUCUGAUACAGCAUGUCUUGGGCAUGACACUGCUUGUUUACCACUUAAUACAGUCCUUGCUUUGAAAAUGGGGAAUUCGUGUGGCUCACCAAUGGGGUGUGAGUGGUGUAAACCAAACCCUAAAGACUUCUGGAUCUGGAGUUGCAUGGUUUGACAAACCUUUUGGAUUUUUAGUUUAUGCCAAUGGAUGAGGUCAGUGUCUGUAAGGGUUGACUAAUAUAUAUAUAUAUAUAUAUAUAUAUAUAUAUAUUGCUGCUUUCCAGUGUUUAGGUUUGAGUAUUUCAGGAAGGGUUAUUCGCAACAUUUUUUUUAAGGUUGUUAACUGGAAUUUCCUCCACAGAAGACCACAUCAAUCAACAUUUGCUUUACUUUUUUGGUUUCUUGGUUUUAAUAAUUUACCGUCACAUGAUUUGUGUAAUCGGGAAAAGAACAUAUGAACAGUUCCUUCUCUCUCUCUCUCUCUCUCCCCCCCAUCCAGCUCAUUUUUGCUGUAAAUGUUGGAGUUUGACACAUACUUGGUCUCUACUAUAUCUUGGUGUAUAGUUGCAUAUCUGAAAUGUAAUGUUUUGCUGAAUUAUUAUUAUUAUUAUUAUUAUUAUUAUAGAUGUUGCAGCACUCUAAGACAAUGUCAUUUUCAUCCUUGCACGAGUUGCACUACUGAUGGAUCUGUUGUACAAAUCUAUGAACAAUUGAACUGACUGCAAGAUCUCUACCUCUUGCAUUAUGACCAAUAAAUCUUGUGGAUUACCUCUUUUCCAAAAUGUCA